AUGAUAAAAAACAUUGGAGAAGGCAAAGUAUCCGAAUCAAACAAUGGUGAUACAGUUAUUGAUAUUCCACCAGACCUGUUGAUUACAGAAUUUGAGGACCCAAUCGUAGCAAUAGUUAAUUCUACAUAUCCGGAAUUUACGAGCAAUUCUUGCUUCUACAUUGGAGGAGACGUGCGUGAUUAUUUCAGUGCAAAUUCUAUUGAUAAGUCGGAAUUCCACGAUGUAACAUUGGUUGACAUCCUCACCCCAGAAUUUCUCAGUUCACUGCAAACAUCAGGAUUACCUAACCAUCAUAUAAAACUAAAGGUUGGGACACCAAUUAUGGUCAUGAGAAACAUCAACCAGUAUGAAGGCUUAUGUAAUGGAACAAGGUUGAUAAUAACAAAGUUGGGUGGUGUGAUUUAAACUAUGUGAUUUUUAUUCUGGUGGUAAAAUUACUCUUGGUUGGGUGGAGAUAGAA